GUUUAAUUAGACAACUUUCAAGCAAACGCUAAGUAAAGUUGUUAACCCACACACUAAAAGUAGAAUUUAAUGAAGUACAUAAUAUUAAUAUUAGUAGCAGUAGCAAUGGUGUAUUAAAAAAAAGUGUUAAAAUACGUAUAUAUAGGUAUAUUAUAUAAAUAUAAAUUAAAUUUAAACUUCAAUCAAAAUCUCUGCGACAAGACUUCACUCGACUGAACUGCCCGACUAUAGACUAUACUGAACAUUAUACAUCAUCAUUGGCAUUGAUUAUCUUAAUCUUAUACUAUCCAUUGACUUGCACCUGCACGCCUUGAACUUGAAUUGAGCGAAGUUACUGAAAAACCAUAAUAUAAUACUUGAUUAAAUUGAAUUUUAUCAAGUCAUUUCUUCUGAAAUGAUUUCUUACUUGGGGUUACCCUUACUCAGACUUACUCAUUACUGCUUACUUGUCUGUCUUUGACUUAAAUUUAUUUUAAUAGAGUCUCUUAGUCUAGUCAUUAAUUUAAUGACACUGAUACUUAGUACUUAGAUCUAAAAGUGCUAAUAAAUAUAGUCAUAUUUAGGCUAUAACUUGGAUAUUAGUAUAUAUAAUUUAUGAUUAAAUUUUUAAGAAUGUGCUUCCAAGUUACAGGUGGCAUUAUCAAUUAUAAUCAAUCAUGUCAUGUCAUCACUUAGACUUAAAACCAUUUUCCUUGUAGCUUACAGUUAGACAGAGGCACAAAAUGAAUUUUGGAUCUAGACAUGAACCUUCAAAUGUUCAAGUACUGACCGACUCAGGUGGUCAGUACUCAAGGCUGGUAAGAUUUUUUAUAAUUAUUAUUAUAAUUAUAGAAUGUAUAACUUUAAAAAAUUAUUACAAUUUAGCAAUAUAAAUAAUUAAAAAUUAAAUUGUAAGAAUUCAUGUUUUUUUCAAGCACUUUUUAAUGAUUGUAGUACAAAAUUUUUUCUAAGAGAAUAACACAUCAUUUAAUUAAUAUCAGGUUGGCUUUGUGUAUGUGUUUAACCUCAUUGUGGGAACUGGUGCACUGACGAUGCCUGCAGCAUUCAGAGAGGCUGGGUGGCUUCUCAGUUUAUUUGGUGUCAUUGUGUUAGCAUUUAUGAGGUGAGAAUAUAUUUAGAACAUUUACUUAUAUGUUUUUGCAUACAAUAUAGGCAUUCAAGUAUUAUGACAUGUAUUGUUCCAGACUACCAAUGCAAGGGGCGGGGGAAGCCAAUGAAGAAGAUCAUGUCUUUUUUACAUUUUUAUAUUUAGCCAAACCUAAAAUUAUUCAAGAAGAAUUGAACAGUCACAAAUUGUAGAUGUCACAAGCUACAUUAGAUUACCAUUCCAGGAUCGGCUUCAGAAGCCAUUUAAUGAAGUGUCAAUAGCUUCUCUAUAUAAAUAUAUAUAUAUGUGUGUGUGUGUAUAAUUUAUAUAUAUAUAUAUUUAUGUAUGUAUAAUGUAAAAGCUUUUUUAACCAUUUAUUUUUUUAGUUGUCUAAUUCUUAUUUAAAUAAUUUACAGCUACUUGACUCUGACAUUCAUGACGGAGGCCAUGGCCAUCUCAAAUGCUAAGCUACGCUUUCAAGAAGUUGUCUCUAAAGGGAGUUUGGUAAGUGAAACAAUUUGUCCUCUUAGACAAAUGGUAAGAUUUGAGCAUUUUGAGAAAGAAAAAAAAAUCAACAUAUCUACUAUGUCAUACUUAAAAUCAAAUAAAUGUUUUAAUUUCAAUUUGUUUUCUUGUUUCCAGAAAGAAGAUUCCUUGGAUACAUCAAUGAACACAGAUGAAAGACAGCCACUUAUAUACAAACCUCCUACCAAUUGCAAGUGCUUAAUUUUCAAAAUAUUGAAACACUAUUAUUUUAUUUUGAAUAUAGACUUGAUGGGCAAUAGUGAAAUUAUAUCUUGAUUGAAGGGUAAUAGUUUCAAAUUUAUAUUUCAUGGAAAAUUAAUUUGAAAAAUGUAUAAUAUUAAAAAAAGUUGAAGUUUCCCAAAUAUCGAUAAAAUAAAUAAUUUAGUCUUGCUGGGUGGCUGAGCGGUCUAAACUGUCUCAAACCAAAUAGCUGGUGGUCUGGAGUUCAAUCCACACCACCCCGGGUGGAUGGGACUCGUUAGCCUUGGACGGCAACUCAUCUAAGAGAAGGCAAACUCUGAAUUAAAACCAGAACCAGAAUGAUCAACACAUUGAUCGUGAACCCCUCAAAUAUAAGACGUAGAAGACAAAAGAAAUAAAUUUGUGUAGACUUAAUAUACUUCAGUGGCUUUCAAUAUUGUGAUAUUCUGUGAACUAAAAAGACUACAGUAAAAAAAAGUUAGAGUAAUUUAAUUUUUUAAAUUUUUUAACAGAUUCAGAGAUCAAACCCAGCUUUGAAAUCACUCAAAGAGUUGAAAUGGUAAUUUUCUCAUCUCUCUCUCUCUCUCUCUUUUUGGAGAGCCAAUGUUCAAUAUUAAUGUCCCUAUUCAAGAAAAAAAAACCAAUGGUUUCGUAUAAAACAAUUUUAGUUUUUUAAGUAAUCUGCAAUUUAGACAAUUAUUUGCCUUUGAAGCUUUUUGUUUCAUGACUUUCUCAAAUAUUUGUUUCAGGGCACAAUGGCAUCCAUGUACUUUGGCAAAGGUAUUUGCACCAUUUUAGAAUAUAUCCUAAUUUGCACUGUUUCAUUAUUUAGUAUAGUUUAAUACUUAAAAAAAAAAAAAAGUAAUUACAUCAAAAUGAGGGUUUUUCCAGCUUCCUUAUUCAAAAAAGAAAGGGCACAAUGGCAUCCAUGUACUUUGGCAAAGGUAUUUGCACCAUUUUAGAAAAUAUCCUAAUUUGCACUGUUUCAUUAUUUAGUAUAGUUUAAUACUUAAAAAAAAAAAAAAGUAAUUACAUCAAAAUGAGGGUUUUUCCAGCUUCCUUAUUCAAUAAAGAAUCUAGGAUGGCAAUAAAAUUUGCCCUAUACCGUAAUUAAAGUGUCAAGAAGAUCUUCAAUGAGUACAGUAGAAAUAGAAAGAAGGAUAUUGGGACCAUGGUUUCUUGGAAUUUGGGUUAUCUGCACUCAUUAGGAAGCAUUAUUGACUUCAAUUUUUGAGUCAGGUCAAAGGUUAGCACAUUGCAAAAAUCAACAGCGGGAAUUAAAUUAAAUUUAGAUUUUCACAACUUUAAAUUUAAUUAAAAAUCUACAAAUCACUUUUGAAAAUUAUAAGCUAUAGUAAUAUUAAUUUUAAAAAAAAAUAAUUUUCUAGUGGGGCUGCUCUUCUUCCAUCUGUGCAUCAUCAUUUACUUGUUUGGGGACCUGGCCAUUUACUCAGCAGCUGUACCCAAGACUCUCCGAGAUGUUGCUUGGUGAGUGAAUGCAAAGCAUUGUUUACAUGUGAAAGGUAGUUAGUAGUUGUUAUGUUAAAGCUGGUUUGAUCUCUGCGAUUUUAAAAAAUAACUAGUGUUGAAUUAUAGGAUUCUGUACAAUACCUUUGUUGAUUUUUGGGAUUCUUUGCAGCGACUUUAUAAAGUAUCUUGAUAUAUCGAUAUAGAUGUUAAGGUAUUACUAGCCCCUACAAUUCAUUUCUUUCUUCCUUACGCGGUAGUCUCAAAGAGGCGACAAGCAGCUUGGUAAACUAAAUAGGUGAUAAUACAAUGUUCAUAUCACCAAUUGGUAAACUGAACAUAGAAUUUUGCGGUGACUAGAUUCUGGUCUAACCUAUCUUCACAGUUGGGAUUUUUUUUUGUUUUGGUUAAUUAUUUGUUGUUCUGUUUUUUUUUACUCUGAGAAGUUCUUGAGAACUCUCUGGUUUCAACCACCUAGUGAAGAUUGUGUAUGAAUGAAGAGGGGUAUAAUUAUCUUUUAAUGUGUAUACAGAUAUAUAUAUAUAUAUAUAUAUAUAUAUAUAUAUAUAUAUAUAUNAUGUAUAUGUAUUAUGAGCCCCUAUUCUGAAACAAUUUAAUCUAAUUUUUAACCAAACAGCACUUAUAGGAAGAAUAGCACAGGAAACUGCAACCAAAGCCAAUCAGACAGUGAUCCAUGCUGGUCUGAGGAUGGACAUAUAAGCAGAAUGGAUGCAUACAGAAUUUUUGUGGUAAAUUUAUUAAAAACCUCAUUUAACUUGUGCAAAUGGUAGAUAAUUAACACACACACAAAAACUAAGUAAAAGCAUACCAGUAAAAAAAUAAAAUUUAACUUUUAAUUCGGAAAGACUAACUACAACCGUGGUAGUGGAUUAGCAAAAUUUGAUAGAUUAAUUGUAGUGAAAUACCCUGAGUGCACUCUGAAGAUUUAAAUGUCACUUAUAUAAUGAAUACACUUUAUUCCAGGCGUGUUUCAUACUUCUUCUUGGACCAUUUACAUUUUUCAACGUUCAAAAGACCAAGUAUCUACAAGUGCUUACAUCUGUGGCUAGAUGGACAGGUUAGUUGCAUUCACAGCCUGUGAUAUACUCGUUAAAGAAAAAAUAUUUCAGCUUAUGUGGAAUUAAGGAGAAACAUUUGUGCUGUUGUACAUUACCUUUGUUACAUUGUUUAUCACCUUUGUUACAUUGUACAUCACCUUUGUUACAUGGUAAUUAAAAUAUUAAAAUGAGUCAUUUAUUAUUUUAUCUGCAGCAUUCCUUAUGAUGAUCAUUCUGGCAUCUAUACGUUUGGGUAAGGGAGAGGGUCAAGGUCACCCAAAAGUUGCCAAAAUUGAGGGUGUGCCCAACCUGUUUGGUGUUUGUGUCUACAGCUUCAUGUGCCAUCAUUCUUUACCAUCUCUAAUCACACCCAUUAAGAACAAAGCUCGUCUGCUCCCAGUCCUAGCUGGUGACUACACCAUCAUCUUGAUAUUCUACUUGGUGCUUAGCUUCACUGCCGUGUUUGCUGUGGAUAAAAUCGAGGACUUGUACACACUUAACUUCAAACCAAACAGCUGUGCUCCGCUGACAGAUGUUGUGCCGAUUCAGUAUUUCCUGGCCCUGUUUCCUGUCUUCACCAUCUCAACUAGCUUCCCUAUCAUUGCCAUUACGUUACGCAACAAUCUAACGGCAAUGAUCACUCCACAUUCAGGUCAACUAGCGUGGUACUUGCCAAAACUGGUUUGUCCCUUGCUUUGCAUAAUCCCGCCCUUUGCUGUGGCCAUGGGGACCAAUCAGGUUGAGUUUUUGGUUGGCAUCACAGGGUCAUAUGCCGGUGCCGGUAUACAAUAUAUCAUACCUGCCGUCCUGGUGCUCUUAGCCAGGAGAGACAUUUUAGCUAUAGGAGGGAGCUACCUGCAUCGAUCACCUUUCUCCCACAAGGGCUGGGUGAUAUUGACUUUAGUCUGGGCUUGUAUAUGUAUCGCUUUUGUUACUGCAAAUUAUAUUGUAAGCAAUGUGUGAGGCAUGCAGCCAUAGGUUGGCAAUAAAUGGAAACUCAUCGUUUGCAAGUCAAAAAUGAAAUCAGGAAAUCCAGAGCUUUAUCAAAAAACAAUUAUAUUUCUGAAUGUAUUAGAUAAAAGGAUCAUCAAAUCUUAAGAUGCUAUGAAAAUUCCUGAUGAAAAAUAAUCAGAGGAUACUCUUUUUGUCUGUAAAAUUACAAUAUAAUGAAUGGAAUACAUCAGUUGGAUAGUUAAUUUGAAUCAUGGAUGAUGAGGCAUUAUUACCAGAAGACAUUUUGAAGAGAGAAAAAUAUUUAACCGGAAUCAACUAGACUUACCACAUUCUCAUCUUGUUUCAGCUUGUAAAUCCCAUGGCUCAGUGCUUUCAGUGUUAAAUCACCAUUCAGCCUGUCACCACAUCCCAGUGAUUGUUGUCAUUUUGAUUUCUUCAAAAGUGGAAUUGGUUAACCCUCACAGAAUAUAUGUAAACAUUAUAUUUAUUAUAAUGAUGUGUAACUCAUUUGAAUUAUUGACAGAAUAUAACUGAAAUAAUAAAUUCAAAAUUCAUUGUCUUAGCUGAUGCCAUUUUAAAGAAAGGCUUUUCCCCUUUUUGUAAUAUAUAUUUUUAAAAAAUAAAUUAUACACUUUUUUUAAGGAGUUAAACUGGUUAAAACUAAUAAAAGUAAUAUUAUGUAAGGUGAAGCAUUUAAUUUAAUAGACAAACUACAGUAAUUAAUAUUUUCUUCAGUUCACACUCAAAUCAUAAUAUAUAUCUAUGAAGUUAAGCUAUAGCUUUUAAAAAUAAAUUAUACUGGUAUUUACCAAGCUUUACCUUAGUUUAUUAUGAUUAUUAUCUUUAUAACCUCUUUGAGCUUUUCCACGGUCCUCUCUCUUUUUGUAAUUUAGUGAUUACUCAUACAUUAAUUACUGUGAUGGUGAUAUAAAGUUGUUUCUGGAAAGUUAUGUAACAAGUUGAGUUUUUGUGCAUGGGAUUUUCAAAUAGUGGGUGGUGUUUGGUUCAUAAGUGACAUUUAGUUUGAAUUGUGUUAAAAGUGGUAAACAUUUUUGAAACAGUGAUAUAAUAAUUAGAUGCUGCAUGUUUUAACAGUUUUUAUAUAAACGGUCGCUUGCUUCUAAAGAGAGCAGAUUUUAUAGAUUUUUAAAAUUUUCAAGUUUUAGUAGUUUAACUAAUAAAUUGUAUGUAGAAAAUGUUUGAACACGUGUCAAUUCCAUUAGACUGUUAAAAUGGCCUGGUAAAUAGAUUACACCAAACAAAUAGCAUAUUAUUAAUUAUAUGAGUGCAAUGACAUACUUUAAAAUGAGACUUCUCAAUGAUAGAGAUUAAUUGUUGUUGCUGAAAAGAAGUUGUGUCCACUCAAAUUUCAAUUUUUACUAUCAGAAAAACUACUUGAUAAAGACAGAUCAAGAGCUGAAUUUGCGCAAAAUUGAUAUUUCCAAGUAAAUUGGUAAUAAACAAGUUAAGACUUUUGAUUUUAUAUAAUGUAUAACAAAUAAUAAUUCUCUAGUAAUGUAUGUAGCUGUAAUACUGUGUUCAAUAGGCGCGCAAAAUAAGAUUCUUAUAAAGUACAUUACUAAAAUGCAUGUUUUGUCAUGUAAUUUGGGAAUUUCUUCAUUGCCGCCACCAUUGUUUGGCAGGUUAUUUCUAGUAUAGAUUUAUGAUUGUAUUUCAUGCCUAAAUUUAAAUGGACCAAAAGAAAAUACUUGUGAACACUAAGCUCAAGAUUUAUAUUUUUACCAUAAUAAUAUUGGACUUAAGAGAUAUUCUUGGUUUGUCAUUUCAAGGUACUUUAACACAUCACUCAUUUUUUUAUGCAGUACUUCAUUUAAUACAUUUAUAAAAAAACAACAAAAAGUUCAUUUGUAUUUUUAAACUUACUUCACAGUUGUACAAUGUACACAGGGUAGCCUGUCACUAAGAAAUACUAUCACUCCAUCUGUUCAAGGCAGGUAUUAAUUAAGUGCAUUCCAAGGGUAUGUUUUUAAAAACCAUGUACAGAAUUUCACAUGCUUUUUGUCUUUCAGCAAAUAAAAAUUCAGUUUACAUUUUAUUGUGAUUUACUUUUACUACUGGUACAUAAAUAAAAGUUAAGUUCAUGAACCUUUAUAUUUGUGUUUGUUUUCUAUCACUUACUGUAC